AUGAAACGCAAUUGGAUCACAACGGAUCGAUUGGGGUGUCUGUUCCUGAUUCUUGCAGUCUCUCGAAUAACGGAAUCUAGUUCAAAGAACAUCAACCAGGUCAAAUUACCGAUACCGACCAAAGAGAGUCUACCGCAGGUGGCCGAAGCGUUAAAGGCGGCUACGUACUUGGAGGACAGCGAUGAACUGGAAAAGAACUUCGAAGGACAGCGGGAUAGUUAUAAGAGAUCACCCAGGAAAUUGGCAACUGAUGAUCUAGACAAAAACUCGGAACUACAGGAGUAUCAAGGAGUAAUGGGACGUCCUGGUGUUGACUUUCCAAUAUUGCCAUCCAUACCGCAUACCGAUUUCAGCUGUAAAAAGGUGAAGAAACCUGGUUACUACGCAGAUCCUGAAACUGACUGCCAGGUAUUUCACAUUUGUGAUAAUGGAAGGAAAGUAUCAUUCUUAUGUCCAAAUGGUACGAUUUUCCGUCAAUCACAUUUAAUUUGUGACUGGUGGUUCCGAGUGGAUUGUGAAAGAUCAAUCGAGUUAUACGAAGAGAGUGCAGAACAGCUUGCAUCUGACCAACGGGUUUUUAAAGAGCGUGCUGAAACAUUGGCUAAAGCUAUGUUAAAAGUACAAACAACAACUCAAACAAGUUAUAGUGAUCGCGUUGUAACCGAACGUUCAUUUGGCCCGAGUACAACUAUUUUUAAUUCCGAAAGCCGACUGCCUGACCGUGCCAGAUACUUUAGUGACUAUUCGAGGGACGAAAGUCAAGUUCCCGCUGAGACAGGAUCAUUCGCUGGAAAACAGUUUCAAACCAAUUUCAAUAAUUAUUAUCCAAAGUCCAAAUCACCUGUACAAAAUUGGAACCAAGGUAAUUAUCAAACACAACCUUCAACAACAGCCCAACCGAUUUGGAAUGGCAACUACCAAAGCAGUACUUAUCAAGCACAGUCUACAAUAACUGCACGGCCGACUUGGAACCAGGCUGCUAAUAACAAUUACCAAACUAGUUCUUAUCAAUCACCACCUGUGACGACUGCACAACCAUCCAUCGUUCAAGGGAUCAAUAAUUUCCAAUCUAGUUACCAACCACAAUUCACCACAAGUGCUCAAUCGGUUCAAGGUACUACCAGUUCACAAGUAGCUUACCAACCACAGCCCACUACUGUGGUGUCUCAAACAAAUUGGAACCAAGGUAGCAAUAAUUAUCAAACUGGAAAUUACCAAACAAUACCCACCACAGCAGCAACUCAAACGAACUGGAAUAAUCAUGGUAACAACGGUCUUAGAACUAACAAUUAUCAGUCUCAUACACCUUCAACAACACAACCAAAUUGGAGCCAAAGUAGUAGUAGUAACUACCAAUCUGAAAACUAUCAAUCACCGUCCACUACAGAAGCCGCUCAAGCUAACUGGGAUAAUCAAGGUUCCAACAAUUUACAAACUGAAAAUUAUCAAACAUCACAAUCAACAACACCGACACCGGUAAGCUGGAAUAAUCAAGGUUCCAACCAAUUUGGGACUUCAAAUUCUCAAAAACAAGUGACGACUACCGUACCACAAACUAACUGGAACGGAGCUGUCAAUAAUUUCCAAUCAAAUAGUUACAAUUCACAACCAAUAACAACGAUACAACCGGAUUGGAACCAAGAGUCUGAUACUCUCCUGCCUAAUCAAUUCGAAUCUCAACAACUGACAACUGUGUUUCCAACCGAUAAUGAACAAACCAUCCCGGCCAAAGAAAGCCAAGUACCCGCGGAAUCAGCUUCAUUUGUAGGCCACCAAAACUUACCUCGUUUUAAUUUUCAACCAGAUAAUUACUACACACAGACUCCUCAGACAAAUGUACCACCCACCACAUAUCCAGUAACAAGUUCUUACACAAAUGAUUAUUCACCAAAUGGAGCUUUUUCAUUUGUCGAAUAUCAAAGAUCGCCCGAUACUCCCGUCGCUAGAGACAGCUCAACUCAAGCUUCUCCAGUUAUGACUACAGUAUUUGACUAUAAUUCGGUCGAUAAUUCCACAUUACCACCUUCUGGAGAGACGUUAAUCCCGAAUAUGAUAAACUCAUUGCAAUCACUGACAGAUAAUAAUCUACUUUUUGACUUGGAUGGGCAAAACACUUACCCUUCGCAAACGAAUUCCGACGAUGAACUGAAUUCCGUCGCCGUGUAUUUUAAUAAUGUAAAAAAUCCACAAGUGACUACUGUUGCUAGUGACUUGCAGUUUAAUCGUUUCGAACAAACGUCUAGAGCAUACACCAAUGGCAUAAGUUCAACUACUAUUGAUUCGGUCGAAACUACUACACCAGUUGAUAAUUUACAUAUACCUGCGAUUUUGACACAGAAUACAAAAGAAGCAUAUGAUAAGCUUUUCAGAAAUGACACCGUUAAAGAACCAAUGGUCACUUUAAAGUUGGCAGAUACUAGCAAGCCUGUAGAAAAUCCUACAAGUUCAGUAAACCUAGGAUUUGCUCAGGGAUUGACUGUAAACCGUUCGUCGGUGGAAUUGAGAGAACUGGCUGCAGUAUUUACGCGUGCUUUAACUGCAUACUUGGACGACCCAGAGAAUUUCCGUAAAAUACUAGCCGAGGUAAGACCAACGGAACCACCAAGUGUCAAGACUAGCGUUACCGAAGAACAAGAAGUGUUGGAUUUUUCUGACGAUUCAAAGCGUCAACGAGGGAAACCCACAGAACCGAGCACAUCAAGCCCAAAUUUAGCAGCUGAAAUCAAUGGUAUGACACAAAGUAUUAGUGUACUGACAGACUUGUCAACCACUGUUCCACAAUACACCUCAUCGCCAUUAAUAGAAAUCACAUCAAAGUAUACUGAAACAUCAAACGCUGGUUUACAAGAAUAUGCACCACCGGAAGAUAGCGAACAGUUACAAUUGGCCGGAAGUCAUUCGUUUUAUUCAAGUAGAGACAAUAGCAUUCAAACUGCGAAAACUCUAAAACCAGCCGCCUCCACGUUGUCAUGGACAGUUUCUCCUUUAAUAGACACUGAUCAGGACAUAAAAUCUACUACUCUGUCGCCAGUGUACUUCACUACCACCGCAGAAGACUUAGAAACUACUGUAAUUGUGCAAAGGGCCAAAGAAAUGUUCAGUCACUUGAAUGCGUCUGAAGCAGGAGUAUUGAUGAAUGUUAUGAAAACUGCUCAAGUUAAUGAUACAGUUAAAAGAUUGGUUUUACUGUUAGUCAAUGACUCGAACAAAGAGAAUAGCCCAGAGCAGACUAGAAACAAUUUAAUCGAAGCAUUACUGGAGAAUAGGAGUACUGAUCAAGCGUAUGACGGCUCAUCGUCAUCACCGACGACUACUUUCUUGCCGUCGUCGCCGUCGGAAAUUCCAUUCGGUCAGAGAAUACAGGAAGAUGGUUCGCCGGUGCAGGACGGACAGUACAAGAAAUCUAGGAAAGAGGCCAGGAGACGAGUUGUGCACAGGAGUAGGUCAACUCCCGUUUCCACCACUCCAAUGACCUCGAAUACUUGGCAGGGAGCUAACGACGUGGGUCCGGGGCUGAGUGGUGAUUCUGACGCCCGAGCGGUCGAACUCCUCAAGUCCCUAUACUCGAUCGCAUCCAAAUGGUCGUAG